CGCACUCUCAGAGUCAGGUCUUCCUCGUCAGCCUCUGAGUGACCACGAAAUGAAGGCACCCAGCUCUGCUCUGCACCUGCCUCUCUGCUUUGGGGGACUUUUUGUCAGCUGACCAGGAUCUCCAAGCCAGGCCGGUUCUCUGCAUUCUUUGAAUGGCCGGUCUUCUCCUGUGGCCACAGUGCAUUUGAUUGGAAGGAGGAGUGAGUGAAGUUGCACAUAGAAGGACCUCCUACAACCUUGGAUUUAGGUUUGGUGGUGAGAGAGCUGCGUGAAAUCCAGCGGAGCUCUGCCAAGUCAGCAACUUGAGGCCCUGCUGGGGAAGCAGUCGAGGUUCAAGCCACAGCAAAGCCCUGGCCUGCCCUCCUCCUGAGGUCCAGGGGCAGCCAGACCUCUCCUCUGAAGCCAUGGGCCCCUCCCAUCCUGCACUCCCACCCCUGGCCAAGCUUGGCCUGUGGUGGCUCCUUCUGACCCCAGCAGCGUCGGCGCCGCGAGCCCCCCACACCCAAGCCGAGGAUCGCCUCUUCAAACACCUCUUCAGGGCUUACAACCGCUGGGCACGGCCAGUGCCCCACACCUCGGACGUGGUCAUCGUGCGUUUCGGGCUGUCCAUAGCCCAGCUCAUCGAUGUGGAUGAGAAGAACCAGAUGAUGACCACCAACGUCUGGCUCAAGCAGGAGUGGAGCGACCACAAGCUGCGCUGGAACCCGGCCGAGUUCGGCAACAUCACAUCCCUCCGAGUCCCUUCGGAGAUGAUCUGGAUCCCGGACAUUGUCCUCUACAACAAUGCAGAUGGGGAGUUUGUGGUGAACCACAUGACCAAGGCCCACCUCUUCUCCACGGGCACCGUGCACUGGGUGCCCCCCGCCAUCUACAAGAGCUCCUGCAGCAUCGACGUCACCUUCUUCCCCUUCGACCAGCAGAACUGCAAGAUGAAGUUCGGCUCCUGGUCGUAUGACAAGGCCAAGAUCGACCUGCAGCCGAUGGAGCAGACGGUGGACCUGAAGGACUACUGGGAGAGUGGCGAGUGGGCCAUCGUCAACGCCACGGGCACCUACAACACCAAGAAGUACGACUGCUGCGCCGAGAUCUACCCCGACGUCACCUACUACUUCGUCAUCCGGCGCCUGCCCCUCUUCUACACCAUCAACCUCAUCAUCCCCUGCCUGCUCAUCUCCUUCCUGACCGUGCUGGUCUUCUACCUGCCCUCCGACUGCGGGGAAAAGAUCACCCUGUGCAUUUCCGUGCUGCUCUCGCUCACUGUCUUCCUCCUGCUCAUCACCGAGAUCAUCCCCUCCACCUCCCUGGUCAUCCCGCUCAUCGGCGAAUACCUGCUCUUCACCAUGAUCUUCGUCACCCUGUCCAUCGUCAUCACGGUCUUCGUCCUCAAUGUCCACCACCGCUCCCCCCGCACCCACAAUAUGCCCCGCUGGGUGCGGGGGGCCUUUCUCAGCCGUGUGUCCCGGUGGCUACUGAUGAAACGGCCUCUGCCACCCUUGGAGCUCCAUGGCUCCCCAGAUCUGAAGCUCGACCCCCCCUAUUACUGGCUGGAGACCAACCUGGAUGCGCUGAGAGGGAGGAGGACGAGGAGAGGAGGAGGAGACGAGAGGAGAGGAGGACAGAUGGGUGCCAUCCCCCUCACGGUGUCUCUACAGCCAUGGUGGUCUGCACAAAGGCUCUCUGUCCAAGGCGAUGGCCCGCUGCUGAAAGGCGGGCUCAGCUGUCACUCGCAUGCAGAAGCACUGGAAGGCGUGCACUAUAUGCUGAGCACUGCGGUGAAGGAAGACUGGAAGUACGUGGCCAUGGUCAUUGACAGGAUCUUCCUCUGGCUGUUCGUCAUCGUCUGCAUCCUGGGGACCGUGGCCCUGCUGCCGUGUUUUGCUGCUGCCUCUAGAGUCCGCCUUUGGGGUCCACACCCCGUGACUGCCGGUGCCUCUCCGUGGCGUCCCGACGCUGGCCCCACCAUCGAAGACUUCCUGGCCCCACUCACCUGGCAGAUGCACUCUGUGCUGAGAAGCUCCUGGGCCCAGAGCCCCGUUGGGAUGCGGAGGGGCAGGAAUGGAGGCGGCUGCUCUGCAGAAGGUGAUGCCGAGGUGCUGACCAUGUGA